CCCAUGUUCUCCUCCUCCUCCUCCUCUCCUUUUGCGCACCAGACUCUCUCGCCUCUUCCAUUCGCUCACUGCGCUCCCGUCCUCUGCGCGGCUUGUGUCUCUGCCUACUCCCGUGCGUAAGAGCGCACCCGACGGAUAUGUAAAGCGAUGCACUCCUAAAAAAAAACACCAAAUCUCCGCCUGCAAUUGUCUCAGUGAAGGACCGACAAACGCGCGGCAGAAAGCGCGCGUCGGAGCGCGUUUAGUUAGAUCAAGUUCAUUCCAGGGAGACUGAUUUUAUUCUGUCCGUUCCUCGUCUCUCUUUUGGAUGAUGCUAUGGUAAUAAAGAUGUUCGUCGGCGCGGAUGACGGUGCGUUGCUUUUUGGAUGUGUGUUUCUGGACUUUUCAGCAUAUCAUGACCGCGCGCCCUUUCCUCUCUCUCCAAGUCUUUUUGUGUCUGCGUGAAGUUGAUCGGCGGAGGAAGCACGAUGAAAGGGAAAUACUUUCUGCUCGGCUUCUUGUUACUCAAACUUAUGGCUCUCGUGUGCAAGGCGGACGGGGAGCCGGGACUGCUCGGCGGAUUCGUCAUGAUCGCCACCUCCAACGGCUCCAGGGAGGAGGAAAGCGUGUCCGAGGAGACCCCGCACACGGAGGACAGUUGUCGGGGUUACUACGACGUGAUGGGCCAGUGGGACCCGCCGUUCGUCUGCAAGACGGGCAACUAUCUGUACUGCUGCGGCACCUGUGGCUUCCGAUUCUGCUGCUCCUUCAAGCACUCGCGGCUGGACCAGAGCACCUGUAAGAAUUAUGACACCCCGGUGUGGAUGAAGACCGGACAGACGCCCUACAAAAAAAUCAACAAGAUCGCCGACAGCACAAAAGACAAGACGAACUUAAUUGUUUACAUCAUAUGUGGAGUAGUGGCCAUCAUGGCCCUCGUGGGGAUUUUCACCAAAUUAGGGCUGGAGAAGGCGCACCGGCCUCAGAGAGAGAACAUGUCCAGGGCCGUCGCCAGCGUGCUGCAGGGCGGGUGUCCAGGUGAACAGUAUCGGGGGGAGGAGCCCCUUGGGAUGCACACGCAGCACUAUGUUUCCAGGGCCACAAACCUUCAGGGUGCCCAGAUCAACAACAACGUGGGACCGGGAUCCAACAUGGGCCAGCAGCACCCUUACCCUGCCCUCAGCCAGCUGGCACACGUCUACGAACACCAGCAGCCGCAUCAGCAGCCGCAUCAGCUGCCGCAGCAUCAGCAGCCGCAGCCGCAUCAGCAGUCGCAGCAGCAGCAGCCGCAUCAGAACAAGGAUCUCAACAAGUACGCCUCCCUGAAAGCUGUGGCUGCCAAGUACAGCGGUGAAGUCUACAACAAGCGCCGGCUGAUGGUGGAGCUGCCAACGAAGGGCGGGCUUCCUCUCCAGCCGAUGGGCAACUCCAGACCCUCCAUGGGCAACAUGUCAUCCAUGACUCCUCCAAUGACGACCAACCCCAUGGCCUCGAACCAGAUGGCCUCCAAUCCCAUGAACUCCAACAUUACCCAGAUGACCUCCAUGACCUCCAUGACAUCCAUGAUGCCAAUGACCUCCAUGACAUCCAUGAUGCCAAUGACCUCCAUGACAUCCAUGAUGCCAAUGACCUCCAUGACCCCUAUGACUUCCCUCGCCCAGAUGACCUCCAUGGCGCCUAUGACCUCCAUCACCCCUAUGACCUCCCUGGGCCCACUGACUCCGGAGCCAGUGGCCACCUAUGUCACUGAGAUGUCCAACAUCUCCUCAGUCUCGACCCUCCCGACAGAGCGGCACAUGGUCGGUGUCGGAGGAGGAGGAGGGGGGGGGGGGCUCAAGCUGAACGGCCAGAAACUGAAAGGCAUCCAUGGUCACGUGGGCCACAGCUCGCACAGCUCGCACAGCUCUCACACUCACAGUCACGGGCACAGCCACGGCAGCAAGCCGCCAGGACUUGGGGCCACCUCCCUCGCACACAUGGCGGGGACCAUGCCAGGCGGCACGACCCUGGGUAUCUCCAGAGCCGCAGAGGCCGCCAUUGGCUCCGGCUCGGCCACGAUGGGCCGUCCGAUGGCGUACAGUUCCAACACGAUCGCGGCUGGGCACUCGAUGGGGCUGGGGCUGAAGGCCUGGGACGGGACUGAGACGGUGGGCCGGAGGAAGACCUACGGGCUCAAGAGGCCUCAGUGCACCGUGCUCGAGCCCAACCAGCUUCACGGCACCAGAGGCCACAGCCACAGCCAACACUUCCUCCCCACACAGCCGUACUUUGUGACCAACAGCAAGACAGAGGUGACUGUGUGAGAGAAGGACGACUGGGAGGAGAAGAAGGUCGGAGAGGAUGCAUGUGGAGUGACGGCACAAAAUAAUCCCUGAGUGGAGACACCAACCCUGGCUGGGGCAACAGUGCAGAUCUAUGAAUGUGUUUGUGUGGCUCGUUGGUAUACUGGUGAAUGUGGUGGGACUGUGUUUCAGAGUGGUCCUCGUUUCACAAACAGAAUUCACCAAUCAAAUCUACUAAACAGACUUUUGUUGCCGAAAGGAAGGCGUCAAAGUCGGCGGCAUCUGUGACCGUAACUUCAAAGAGCCUACGGAGCAGGGCUUGUGUGGGGAUGCUAGAGUAUUAUCUCACAGCUAAUAUUGACAACACACAGAUGAUUUAGUGAGAAACUGCUGUUAAAAAAGCAUCUGCUUCACGAAUCAAAGCUGAAAAGCAAUAGAAGGGAUUAAAGCACCGGAGUUGGAAAGAACACAGUAAGGUUUUCCACAGACCUUGCAACGGCAGGGCGGCAUCUGCCCAACGGAGCGUUGAAUGGCUUGGAAGAAACAACAUUCCUUUAUGUUUCAUACCCCCCCGAAUCUCUCGAGGGCUGUGAAACCGGCACACGUGAUGAUCACUGGGCUUUGGACUGCAGACCCCCCCCCCACGGCUCUUCAGAAGGGGCCUUCACACGAUCUGCCUGCUGAAGGUCGCCCAUUUUCCACAAGGCCUCGGCACACAGAACGGAGGCUGUUCACGCUGGCAUUGUUCCGUUCUGAUCCUGUCCUGUGUGGUGCCGGCCAGCCCGGAGGAGCCACCGGGCGGCACGUGGGUGACGCUGCAGCAGCUAGCAGAGGCUCCACGGAGCAGGAUUCUGGUGCACGCACAUACGUCCACGCGCACACGCAGACACAUGCUUUACUCCGACACAAAGAAACGCACACUGUAGAAAUAUCGUGCGACCAACGUGGCUUCUUACAGAACGGCAGCGUCACGUCAGACUGGAAUUACGGAUGGCUGACAUAUUGGUCAACCGUGAAAUGGACUUUUCGCAUUUCAAAAAGGUUCUGUUCGGUGUUCUGAGCAGUGAAUUUUGGAUUCCACAGUUCUCUAAAAUUCUUGCAUGAAACUUUCAGAAAUUUAACUUUCAGAAAGUGUCGGCUGAGUCGGAUCGACCCAUCGUAUCUAAUGAUGUCCAAAUGCUCAAUGUGCCACGGCCAGUGGUUUGUUAGCUUAGCACAAAGACUAGAAACGGGGGGGGAAACUAGCCCGGCUCUCUCCUAUUGUACAAAAUCAACAUAUAAGCAUCUCAAAACGCUAAAAAGAAAUACGUAUAUAUAUCUAGUUGUUGCUAUAAAAUUCAAACAAAGACCCAACUGCACCAAAAGAUUAACUUAGUGGUUCAUCGGUUUCUUUGCUGAGCACAGUAACUUCCUGGAGUAUUUCCAGGAAUAAGAAGAAAUAAAAAAGCAAUUCUGAUGUAGCGCUGGUUAGGAAUGGUCUUCAUUAAGUGGAGAAAAUAACCCAUUAAGUUUAAUUAAACCUGGACAGCACAUAAAAUAUCGACCAAAUGCCAGCUUUGGCUUUUCAGCAUUUUAAUUCUGCACAGAUUUUUGCACAAUAUGUUGUACUUCUCUAGUUUUAGACAAAGACGAAGAAAGAAACUACUUGGAAAACGUAAUAUAGAUUGAAAUGGACUCAACAGGAAUGAAAAAUCAGACAGACUGACUGAGGGAUGAAAAACCUAAUUUUUUUAAGCUGGUAAAAAAAAAAAAACACUGCCA